CUAAUUAACCAUGUGAAGACAAACUGGUUUCUUCUUUUGGUAAUACCGAAAAUCCCUGGUUUUACUUUAUAUAAGCAAAGUCACUAAAGAACUAUAACAUUUUGAAAUAUCAGGAUACAUCUAUUUCAACUUAUUGAAGUGAAUAAUAUCACUGUGAAUCUUGACAAUUCACUGAGUUUCCCUAUACAAACUCUCCGAAGAUUUUCAGUAACAGCAUGAAAUUCACUAGGGGCCAAGAGGAGAACGUGAUCAUAGCUAACGUUAUCGAUCCUCACCACAUUUUUGUUCAUAUAGCCGCGUAUGAUGAAUCGUUGAAAAAAAUGACAUCUUCACUGAAAUCUGCCAACAAGAAUUCUCAGAAGAAUGCCUGUAUUCCCAUUGAAG